AUGCAGCCCCAUGCAGCCGAGGUGGCACGCCUCUACCAGACAGAGUUCAUCCGGAGCGCGAGGGCUAUGGGUGUCCUGUGGGCCAUUUGCACGCUCUGCUUCGCCGUCAUCGAGGUGGUCAUCCUGGUUCAGCCAUCCUGGGUGGGAACACGUGAGCUCCGUUAUCCAGCCAGCAGUGUCGCUGGAAAGGCGCCACCUCAGACUGGUACACUGGGUCUGUUCGAGGUGUGUGUGGAGUCAGACUGGCCAGUGCCGGAGUGCACAGGCUCCCUACGAACACUGACCCCGAUUCCAGCCUUCCAGUCCCCAGCUGUACUGGUGUGCAUCUCCCUGACCAUGGUGUGGGUCAGUGUGGGCUGUCUGUGCCUGUUUCGCUUCUGCAAUGCCGCAACCGUGUACAAGAUCUGUGCCUGGCUACAGCUUACUGCUGGUUUUUGUCUGGCGCUGGCCUGCGUGCUCUUCCCAGAUUCGUGGGAGUGUGCUGAAAUGCAUGCACUGUGUGGAGACAGUGUGGAGAGUUUCUCUCCAGGGAACUGCACUGUACAUUGGGCCUACGUACUGGCCAUGCUGGGAGUGCUGGAUGCCGGCAUCCUCGCCACACUUGCCUUCGUCCUGGGCAACCGUCAAGACGCGCUGCUCCCAGAUGACGCUAAGGAUGGUGACGUGACUGGGUUGUUACUGGAAGCAUAG